AUGGGUGUCAUCCAAGGGCAGAGUGAUAUCAUCACUCCCAUCCACUCCAAGGGGCGAUACUUCUUCAAGGGAGACCAGCGAUUCCUCAUCAAAGGCGUGGUCUACCGCCUUCACGGCCAGGGACCUCUUGACCCACUCGUGGAUGAGCGUUUGGAAGACCUUCACCGAGAUAUCACUCUAUUCAAGCAAUUGGGGCUGAACACUCUGUUCAUAUACCACAUUGACAGCUCAAGAAACCACAAUGCCGCCAUGCAGCUCCUAGCAGAUGCUGGCAUAUAUGUGCUAAUUAGCCUGCCAACAUCAUCAUGCACAAGCGAUGACUCAGGGACGACGACAACUUUCCGUCCUUACAAUUCACAAUUGCUCGAAGACUGUUUUGCCACGAUAGACUCUAUGUCUCAGUACCCAAACACACUAGGAAUCAUUGUGGCCAAUGGUGCAAUGAGCACAAUUUAUCAGACUGCUUUAGCACCUAUGAUCAAGACGGUCAUUAGGGAUGUCAAAAAGUACAUGGCCACAGCCAAUGAGAUAACUGGGCAGCGACAGCUUCCCAUUGGAUACAGCGCUUCAACAAGCAGACUGAUCCUUAGGACGGCUUUUGAUUACUUUACGGCUGGGAUAGAAGAUGAGACGGUUGACUUCUUCUGUUAUGCAAACUUCAACUGGUGCGGCCAAUCAACACUUCACAUCUCUGGCUACAAGCAGGAGCUCAAGACCUUUGACGAUGCACAUAUUCCCGUCUUCUUCUCCCAGUACGGAUGCAAUCUGGGCGCGUGCGGCAAACGCAUCUUCCAAGAGACUUCGGCCAUAUACUCACCUGCAAUGACGCGCGUGUUCUCCGGUGGCAUCGCAUACGAGUUCUAUGACUCGCCAGACAUCAAGUCGGGCCUUUGGGGUUAUGGGCUUGUAAGGCAUGAAGAUGCGAUAGUGGGCAGAGGACUCACCAAGCUCCCUGAUUUUGAGAGCCUGAGGAAGAGGCUUGACAGUUGUCAAGACGCAAGUGCCGUGCAGGAAGAAGGAGAGGAAGGGGACUUCGAUAUGUCGUCGGCAGAUAUUCCACCGUUAGCACCUCACUGGAAGGCAGGUCAUGCCAUGCCAUAUAGCAUGGCCAAUUGGAGCGAGGUAAGACAGAGUCUCGAGGAGAAGGUUUGGAUGGAGGUUGGAGUUGGAGAGCUGACCACGACUGAUUUCCAGUUGAGCCAUCAGCCAAAAUUCAUCAGGGCCUAG